AUGGGAGAAAUCAGUGACCCACAAGUUCCGCAGCCUCGGCAGUCGCUGCUGCAGCUGCGGGCUCUGCGAAACACAGCCAGCUCCCAAUUGGAAGAGCUGAGCGUCUUAAGAAAAGAAACGGAUGUUCUUGAACAAAAACUCCGGUCAAUUCUUCGCGAAACUGCGGCUAUUCAGGCAGAUCGCCGAGCAGCAGCGGCAGCAGCCAUUCGGCUUGUCCACGCCAACGCCACCAGGGAAACAGAGCGCAGAGUUCUUGAAAUGGAAGUAUCGGCUUUGAAAGCUGAGCUUUCUUUGCAAAAGAAAGAGCUGGAGGGCCUGGAAACUUUGUGGAAAAAGCGCAAGUAG